AUGAACAAUACCUUCAUGCCUUACAUUGACCAAUGGUUUCGAGAGCUGCCCGCGGUCUACAUUGUGUUCAUAGGAUUGGGCGCUUGUGUUUUUCUGGGUAUCAGUGCAGUCACGACGAUCCUAGUCUGGAGAGUUCAUCAUUUCGUUCAAGAUGAAUACGUACAAGCCGAUCUAUAUUUUAUCAUUUUUGUUCCAUUUAUCGUUUCCGGUAUGUGCCUGGUCGGGAAUAUUAUACCUCGUGCUGCUCAAAUUACGUACGCUAUUGGAUUGAUAUACCUCAUGUUAUGCUUGCAUAUCACCAUGCUCAUCAUUACUCGGCUUUUUGGGAACAGAAAUGGUAUGGCCAAGUGGUUAGCGGAUCAAAACAAAGUACUGCAUUUUGACGUCAGACCUUACUGCUGUUGUUGUCAUUGUUUGCCUGGAUUAGCCCCUACACCAAAAAAAGUUCGACGCUUGACAUACUUCGUUCGACAAUCACCAAUUGUGAGGGUAGUGCUUCAAAUAACGAUAGUGAUUCUAGGAGUGGAGGGCCUCUCCGACAAAUCAGGAGUUUUUCAAGUACUCAAUGCCUUGGGAGUGGCGUCAACUUUGAUCGCCGUUUUUGUGUGUCAUGUAUUCGUAACUGCUACAAAGGAAGCCCUCACACCCUUCAACAUGUAUGUAAUAUUCCGAUGUGUGGACGUCACUCAAGUGCUGUAUACAUUUCAAAAGUUCAUUCUCGAUUUGAUAGCGAAAAACGGUGGAAUGGGAGGGCUGUCGAUGGCAACGCCAGCCAUGGUUGCACGGUUUUGGAACAAUGUAGCAGUGACGCUUGAGGUGGCGCUGGUUUCCUUCAUCAUGUUCCGCAACAUACGGCCAGGAUUUGCGGAUGUCGAUUGCCAAAGAUUACGCGGAUAA